AUGGGAGUAGACAUUCAAAUCAGGGCCCAUUCCGGCAUUUACGAAUUACAUUACUUGGAGGACCAGACUGCUUUGGCGGAGGGCUUUCUCCUAGACAAUAUCAAGGGGCGCCUCCGGGAGCUGGGCUUCCCAGUUUUCAAGCUGCAGCUGCUUUGUGGGACGAUCACCGUCUCGGAGGCAGACACCUGGGAGUCGCUGACGCGCCCACGGGAGCUCACCGCAGCCUUCGUGGACUUUAAAGUCCUGCGGCAUCAUCUCACGCAGGAGAUCUUGACAGCGGUGGCCAAGCAAGAUGUGUUGCAGCUGGAGGCCGUGCUCGCGCAGGCACAGGAGCCGUACGUCAUGUAUCCUGCGAGGUUCACGUUCCUUCGGGGCCUAUCCACGAUCACUGCAGCCAGCCGUAUGGGCAACCUGGAAAUUCUGCGGCUGCUUCAGGUGAUUUUACGACCGGACUUCGAGAGAAUCAUGGAAAAUGCGAUGGCAGGAGUCAGGAGGCAAACGGAAGUGAUGGAGACGUUCCAGCUACGCAUCGCUGAGUUGGAGCUUGCAUUGGAGAACAAGUUGACGGCUUCAACCUGUCCAGAGACUCGAUGUGAAGAUAGUUCUGUGGCGGCAGCUGCGAAUCGAGUCUCGCUUUGCGGCCCUGUUUCUUCAAGUUCCUCUUCCGGUGCAGUUGAGCAACCAUCCAUAGUCAAGCCGCCUCCUCCUGUCUUCCCCGCGAGCAUUCAGGACCAGAUGGAAGCUCAUAAGCGACAAAGGCAAGCCUUCAAAAUCCAACGACGGAGUCACCGUGAGCAAGUUUUGAGUGCAAGGGAGAGUGAAAGGGAGAAGAGGUUGAGUGAGGAAGGUGGCUAG